AUGAUCGGACGUCGGCCUGCUGUCGGCUUCUAGCGGUUGCUUUGACUUUGUGUUCACUGGCGCUGUGGCAACAUUAUUUUUGUCGUCAUAUCUCACGUCUUGAGGGUGUGCUGUGCGCGCGUGUUUGUGUUUUCUUCUUGUGGUUUUGUUUGCGUUUGUGCACUUGAAUCUUUUGUUGAUAGUGAAGAUAUUUUGUCUGUUUGUUUUGGGUGUUUUGGAUUCGCAGAACGACAAACUGUUUGAUCGGCUAUCGGCUAUCGGCCAUCGACCAACGUCAAACAACAAUUAACCAUUGGCAUCGUUUUAUCAGCGAUUAUUGUGGCUGUGCGGCAAACCUGAAUCCCCAGCAGCUGAAAGUUUGUUGGUGUUUUUUGUUCGAGUGAAAGCGUGUGAAAAGUAGCCCCCCAACAUUGGCCAACAGACGAGGCCGAAGCCCCCAAUGUCUGGGCCCUCCAUCCCCGCCCUUUCGUUGGGUGUGCAUUGUGCGUGUGUGAGUGAAGACGACAGGGCUUAAUAAACUUAAUACCCUGAUAUCCAUAUCCUGUGUUGCGGCCAGCCAAAACUUCCGGUCAACUGGCGUGAACAAAAUGAAACCGCACUUGUUGCAUCUAGUAUCAAGCCAAGCCCCAUCUUCGUCAUCAUCUUCGACCUCAGCAUCAGCAUUAGCAUCAACAUCAGCUCCAGCAUCAUCCUCACUUCAGGUGUAAAGAGAUCCCACCCGAAUGUCAGCCACCGGUCGCCGCAGAAUGGCCAGUACUACGACCACGCCCCUCAAUGCUGUGCCCAGUAGCACAGUGGCACUGUAUCGCCUGGCCACACCUGCCACGCCCACGCCGCAUCAAAUGGGCGCACAGAGUGUGUAUGGCCAGGCGGCGCCAAAGCCAUUCGCCGCCGGCUCCGUGGCCAAUGGAGCGGAGCGCAGUCGACUACUGGAGCUGCUGCGGGCCCCCAACAGCCUCACAUCGGCCUGCCUGGAGCCGUCCUCGAAGGGUCUGCUCAACGGACCCGGCCAAAAUAACUGCUUCCUCAACUGUGCAGUGCAGGUCUUGUGGCACUUGGACGCCUUUCGACGCUCGUUCCGGGGCCUUAACCAGCAUGUAUGCGGCGGCCAAGACUGUAUAUUCUGCGCUCUAAAGGAACUCUUCCAGCAGCUGCAGACCAGCUCGGAGCCCGCCCUCUGCCCGGAACCGCUGAGGCGGGCCCUGGCCAGUGGACCCUUGGCUGGGCGACGGUUCCCCUUGGGUUGCCUGGGCGACGCGGCCGAGUGCUUCGAGCUGCUGCUGCAUCGCGUCCACUCUCACAUCUCCGCGGACGAUGGCGACUCGUGCGAGUCGAGUGCCUGCAUCGCCCACCGGCGUUUCGCCAUGCGCGUCAUCGAGCAGAGCGUCUGCAAGUGCGGGGCCAACUCCGAGCAGCUUCCUUUCACGCAGAUGGUGCACUAUGUGUCCGCCUCGGCCCUUACCUCGCAGAAGAGCCUGGCCAUGCAGAGCCACCAGCAGCUGAGCUUCGGCCAGCUGCUGAGGGCUGCCGGCAACAUGGGGGACAUACGCGACUGUCCGAACACCUGUGGAGCCAAGAUCGGGAUACGCCGGGCCCUGCUCAACCGGCCCGAUGUCGUCUCCAUUGGCAUCGUUUGGGACUCGGAAAGACCCGCGGCCGACCAGGUCCAUGCCGUGCUGAAGGCCGUCGGUACGAGCCUGCGGCUGGCCGACGUCUUCCAUCAGGUCAGCGAGCAGCGCUGGGCCCAGCAGGCGCAGCACGAGCUGGUGGGGAUCGUCUCCUACUACGGCAAGCACUACACCACCUUCUUCUUCCACACGAAGCUGAAGGUGUGGGUGUACUUCGACGACGCCAACGUCAAGGAGGUGGGUCCCAGCUGGGAGGGGGUGGUGGACAAGUGCAGUCGCGGCCGCUACCAGCCCCUGCUGCUGCUCUACGCGGUGCCCCAGCCGCCCAGCUCCGCGGCGGGCAUGGAGCAGCUAUCCAUCACAGGAUCUCUGCCGUCCCCGGCCGCCUCCAUCACUGCGGCGGGACUGGCCUCUUCGGUGGUGCGCCGGGCGGUGACCCCCAGUCCGGAGAAGCCCUGCCUGGGCAGCACCCGACGGGCGAUUACGCCCACGCCCCUGCGCACGCCCACCAACGACUACCAGAACCUGAGUGUCAUCCAGAAGAACAUCUUCCCCAUGCCCAUGCCCAUGCCCAUGCCGAUGGCCAUGCCUAUACCCAUGUCGAACGGGGCCGGCACCGAUGAGACGGAUGCCUACAUCAGCCGCAAGACCGUCGAGCACGUGCUGAGUGCCCAGUACCAGAACCUCAGCGUCAUCCAGGACAAGAUCAACGGCGGCGCCGGUCCCGGAUCUGCGCCACCAUCCAGUGGCGACAAGGACGGCGGCUUCCUCAACCGAAAGCCCAUCGAGGCGAUGCUCAGCGCCCAGCUGGCGCGCCGGCAGCACCUCCAGCUGCAGCGCAGCCACAGCGCGGAGUCGAGCUCCGGCCACGCCUCCAAUGGGUCCAACGGCAGCUCGCCGCCCAGCGACGGCCUGACCAUGCCCGAGCACCUAAACCAGCCCCGGAGACGUGACUCCGGCAACUGGUCGGGGGACCGGAACAGCGCCAGCUCCGCCAGCUCCACCACCCUGGACAAUCCCUACCUGUACAUGGUGGCCAAGCGGGGUGUGGCGGCAGUGCCGCAGAGUCCGACGCGCCACGGCCUGCCGUACGACCCCGGCUACGACUCCUUCUCGCUGAGCUCCACGGACUCGUACCCGCCCAAGCACAUCCUCAAUCCCCAGCUGGCCAAGAUACCGGAGGCAGCCAUGGGAAUGGGGGCCGGGCCGGGAGGCGUUCAAGGAGCAGGAGUCGGCCAUGGCAUGGCCCUGUCCGGGGACUGCGAGAAGCUCUGCCACGAGGCGGACCAGCUGCUGGAGAAGUCGAGAAUCGUGGAGGAGUCGCACGACCUGGAGACGGCCCUGGUGCUGUGCAACGCGGCCGCCGGCCGGGCCCGGGCCGCCAUGGACGCGCCCUACAGCAACCCCCACACGAUGACCUUUGCCCGGAUGAAGCACAACACGUGCGUGAUGCGGGCCCGCAGCCUGCACCGACGCAUCCUCGUGGAGAAGGGCGCCGAGUCGGAGGCCAUGCCCGAGCUGAAGCACAUGCGGGAGGGCAGCACCAGCAGCGUGAAGCACGUGCGCCAGAACAGCAAGGACCGCACCCUGGAGAAGGAGCAGAUCCAGCUGCAGCUGCAGAUGCAGAUGCAGCAGCAGAUGCCCAGCGCCGUGUCCAAGAGCAUCGAGAUCUACGCCACGCUCCCCAAGCGGAAGAGCCCGCUGAAGGCCCUGGCCGCCGCCGCCUCCGCCUCCGCCGUCGGCAUGGACGACAAUGCCAUCGAGUACGAGCAGCAGGUGGUCGUUAGUAGUCCGGCCAGCCAGAAGCCGGAGCGGGAGAGCCGCUCGCUGUUCGGGCGCAAGGACAAGGACAAAGACAAGGAGAAGGAGAAGCGCAGCCGGAGCGAGGACCGGAACAAGCUCACGCGGGAGUUCUCGCUGACGGAGACGCUGCUGGUCAACGCCAAGGACACCCUGAAGAAGCACAAGGAGGACAAGGACGAGAAGAAGGAGAAGGACAAGAGCGGCAAGAAGCAGCACAAGAUCCGGCGCAAGCUGCUCAUGGGGGGCCUCAUCCGGCGCAAGAACCGCUCCAUGCCCGAUCUCACCGAGGCCGUGGACGACGCCGCACCACCGGCCAGUGCCCACCACCACCACCACCACCUGCACCAUCCCUGCUCCCAGCCCGCUGCCCUCUUGGGCAGCUCCGUGGACGACAGUGCCGUGGGUCUGGGCAAGCACGCCUUGGCCAUGAGCGGCUACAUCUCCGAGGGCCACUUCGACUAUCCCGGCCCUGGGGCGUGCGCCAAUGGGGGAGGAGGUAGCGGCAGCGGCAACGGCAACGGCAGCGGGAGCAAUCCCAAUCCCAACCUGGAGCGCAGCAAGCUGAUGCGCAAGAGCUUCCACGGCAGCGGCCGCCAGCUGACCAUGCCCGUUCCGAAGGUGGCCCCGCCGCCGCCCAUGCGGACCAGCUCCGCCCUGACGCCCCACCAGCAACAACAGCAGCAGUUCCACCACGAGGCCAAUCUGUCGAACCUCUCCGCCAUGAGCUCGAACACCUCCAUUAGCGAGGACUCCUGCCAGACCAUCAUCACCACCUGUGCCCAGGUGCACUCCGAACAGAGCCCGCUCAAGGACAUGCAAAUGCUGGGCAUGGCCCAGGAGGAGCUGCCACUGCCGCCGCCGAUGGAGCUGCCCCCGUACCCGAGUCCCCCGCACUCCGUUUGCCACUCGCGGCAGGCCAGCGAGGACUUCCCGCCGCCGCCGCCACCCGAGCUCGAUCUGGAGCCGCUGAACCAGCAGCUCAGCCAGCUGCAGCAGCUGGAGGCGGCCAACAAGCAGCAGCGCCAACAGCAGCUGGACUCGCUCGAGGGCACCACCAGCAUCCUGGCCCAGCUGCAGCAGCGCCAGCAUCUGCUCAAGCUGCGCAAGGAGCAGACGGGAGCCGGCGCCGGCGGCGACACCACUUGGCUGAAGGAGCUGCAGGCCAAGCAGGCCGCCGACCUGCGCACGAUGCAGCGCAAGCUGGAGGCCUCCUCCCCCAGCAGUGUCCGCGAUCUGGCGCACCGGUUCGAGCAGACGGCCACCAUCCGGUCGUACGCUUCGCAGGAGCUGCUGGCCCAGCCCCAGCCCCGCACCCAGAUGAACGGCCUACCCAGCCAGGCGAAGCUGGACGCCGAUGAGGUGGACUGUGCGGGACCAGUGCGUGCCUCCCUCCAGCUGCCCCAUCAGCUGAUGCUGCCCAAGCCCAAGUACGAGAUGUCGCAGUCCCAGAUCGCCGAGGAGAUCCGCGAGGUGGAGCUCCUCAACUCGAUGGUGCAGCAGACGCUCAACCAAAGUGCCGCCGCUGGCGCAGGAGCUGGUGUGGGUGUGGGCGUGGGGGUGGGUGGAGGUGCCCCACCAAAGCGGGUGAAGAAGAAGAGCGUGUCGUUCUGCGACCAGGUGAUCCUUGUGGCAACCGCCGGCAACGAAGAGGACGAUGACUUCAUACCCAACCCGAUACUGGAGCGCGUCCUGCGCACCGCACAGCACCCGAACGAGAAGGUAACGGCCCAGAUGAUCCAGCAGCAGCAGCAGAACAUGCUCAGACUGCAGACAGAGCCACAGCCCCGACAACAGCAGCAGCAGCAGCAGCAACAAUUGCAGCUGCAACAUCAAGUGCAGCAACAGCAGCCCUCUCCCAUGCUGGGAAGACCAGCGGCAACGGACAUGCAGCGAUAUGUGCAGAGAAUGCAACAGCAGCAGCAACAGCAGCAACAACAGCAGCAGCAACAGCAACAACAGCAACAACAGCAACACCAGCAGGAGAUGUACCGCCAGCAGACGCAACAGCAGCAGCAUCGCACUAGCAUGAGUGGCCUCGUCAACCAGCAACAUUUGCAACUGCAACAGCAACAGCAACAGCAGCAGCAGCAGCAGAUCGAUUCCCAGUACACCAGCAUGCACCGGCCACUGCAUCAUGCCCAUCUUCUGCCCCAAAGCUACUCAGUGCAACUGCAGAAACACCAGCAACAGCUGCAACAGCAGCACCAACAGGCAUCGCCGCAACUGAGCCUAGGAUACUUCAGCAGUGGUCAGGCAGCGGCCAACGAGCAGGUGCCACUGCCAUCGCCUUAUCAGCGAGUGCCCCUGCCACAUGGCUACCAGCCCCCCGGCGGACCCUACUACCCCUUGCCAGCCCAACAGCAGCAGCAGCAGCAGCCGCAACAGCUUAUUAUUGCCAAUGGAAAACCUGCCCAGAAGAAGGUCAGCUUCGAGCCAGGGACCAAGGGCGAAGCCGACUGCCUGCCACCGCCACCGCCGCCGCCCCAAACGAAGCUGGCCCUGCAGAAUGGUCUGCCCGAGUCGGCCAGCCCAGGAGCUCCCGGCUCGGCCCCGGCGGCCAUCACUGCCAUACCCACCCGCGUCUACAACAAUGCCAUCGUGAAGGCCUCGGCCAAGGCCGUGGAGUGCAAUCUGUGCCGCAAGCGCCACGUGAUCGCGCCAGCCGUCUACUGCACGAACUGCGAGUACUAUCUGCAGAUGCUGAACCAGCGCAGAUGAUGCACUCCCUCAGCGGGACAUCGAUUGUCUCUAGUGUAACUUUCUAGCCGUACAUGGAAACUGUUAAUCUCAAGCAACGCAAUGCUGCCACGUCGCCCCUAAGGAUCCCACGGGAUGUAAAUAGGUCGUAGGUCUAAGAGUAGGACUGGAGGAGGAGAGGAGAGGAGAGUAAGGAAGGUCCAGCUGAAGGAAGCUCGCUGCCAGGCGGAGGAUGAACGUGACUGGAGGUCCCGCACAGUCCUUCUAUGGUUCCACAUGAGAAGUACCAACUGUGCCCCACCCGCCCCCUACACACACACACACACAAACGCACACAUCAAUGUUCCCUGGCACACGCACACAAGCAUAUACGCACCAACGCCCCAUAUAUACUUGCCCCGAAAUUAACACCAAUUGUCGCUCCACAUCGAACAUCGAUCAAUGCAUUCCCCAACAACAUACCACCCCAGCCUGGCCGGCCCCCUCGCUGCCACACUAACCGCAUAAGUGUUUUUUUUUACUAUUCAUAUUCAUAUUUUGAUACAUUGAUACAUUUGAUUCAUAUGGUUAGCCAGAAGUUUGAAACUCAGUCGCUGAGCUUCCUUUUGCGAGCUGUUGUCCAACGACACUCGCAUCUCUAAAUUGUUUUUCCAUACACUAGAGAUAUGUAUGCAUAGUUUUAAAUUAUUACAUAACUAUUUGAUUUUGACUUUUUUUUGUAAUCUUCGUACUUAAAUAGCAUUUAACUACAUUCAGAAGACGAUUUUUUGAAAUCUAUUUUGCAUUUGAACGAUUUUGUGUAUUUAUAGUUCUUAAGUCGACCUAAUAUACUAUAUUUAAUGAUUUUAUAA